GCGAGCGCCAGCCGAGUCCGAGCGGCCGCGGCCCCUUUAAGGAGCCGCUCUGCGGUAACCCGAGCCCGCAGUCCGGGCGGGCGCGGCGGCAGCGGCGGCGCGAGCCUCGGCGACUGCUCCUCCAGGCGUCCCCGGCUCCCGCGAGCAUCUCGCGCGUGGCUCCGGCCGGCGCAGUCCUCCGGCCCGGCCGGAUGACCAGGCGCCUGUAAACCCCGCUGCGCUCUCCCGGCUCCGCGCAGCCGCCGCCCGCGCGACUCAUCCCGGGACCCGGCACAGCAGGUUGAAGAGCUAUGGAUGCCAACACCAAAGUGGUCAUCGGCACUCUUUGUAGCAGCUUUCUCCUCUUCCAGGUUCUUUUCCAUUUUGUAAGUUACUGGUUUUCAGCCAAAGUUUCUACAGGUUAUAAUAGUCUUAGCAUCGACAAGAAGAUCGAAUGGAACUCAAGGGUAGUAUCUACGUGCCACUCUUUGCUGGUUGGGAUUUUUGGCUUAUACCUCUUCUUAUUUGAUGAGCCUACUAUAGCUGAUCCACUCUGGGGUGAUCCAAUGCUUGUGAAAUUGAAUAUUGCAACCGCUUCAGGCUACCUCAUUUCUGAUUUAUUGAUUAUCCUUUUGAAUUGGAAAGUGAUCGGCGACAAGUUUUUUGUAAUUCACCAUUGUACGGCGCUAACUGCAUACUACUUUGUACUGAAAGAUGGAAUGCUAGCGUACAUUGCCAACUUCCGCCUGCUUGCCGAGCUUUCCAGCCCCUUCGUGAACCAGAGGUGGUUCUUUGAAGCCCUAAAGUACCCCAAGUUUUCCAAAGCCAACGUCAUCAAUGGAGUUCUCAUGACAGUGGUCUUUUUCGUAGUGCGGAUCCUCGCGAUACCUCCUUUGUAUUUCUUCAUGUAUUCCGUGUACGGAACAGAAGCCUACAUGAGGCUCGGAUUGGUGGUCCAGUGUACCUGGAUCACUACCUGUCUUAUUUUGGAUGUGAUGAAUGUCAUGUGGAUGAUCAAAAUUACAAAAGGAUGCAUCAAGGUCAUCUCUCUCAUCAGACAAGAGGAAGUCAAGAGUAGCCUUCAGAACGGAAAACUUGAUUAAAGGCGUGCUUCAUCAAACACCCGUUUUUCCAAAGCCAUCUUCAUUCCUCCCCGCGUCACGUCUACUGAUAGAUGAGUUCCUGGCAUGCUCCUCUACUGCUCUGUUCAUUACGACUGUUAUUCAGGGUUUCUGUGUCUUCUCUCUCUUUCAUCUUUAGAAAAAGAAAAUAAAAUUUAGUUUUCACUCCCAAGAUAUCUUCUUUCCUUCUGCCUUUUAAGCAUGGCUAGACAUCGACAGGUUUCAGUAGAAGUUGUAAGUGGAGUGGAGCACCUUUUCUGAACUCGCAGUGUGCGUGGGGAUCGUUCUCUGCAGAGAGAGAAAUGACUGCUGGGGUGACCCGCUUCGCUGAAGGAGCGAGAACUGCUUUUAAGUCCGUAAGCAGCUCGGGAUUGUUGUGCUGUGUUCUUUUCUAAUGCCAAUGCCUGUGUAGGGUCUGAUUUCUAAGUUGCUAGCAUGUCCUUUUCCCAGGCCAUCAGAAAUGACAUAGCUUCAUUUGGGUAUGUGGUCAUCUAUUAUGAAGGAGUAUUUCACUCUUUGGCAAUAUCAUGUUUGAAAAUACUUCCUGCAUUUUAAGAUUUCAGAUACUGCUUUAUUUCUGUCUUUAGUGUUUCAUCCAACCGUUUUAAAAACUAUGUCAGGCAAGGCUUAAGACCCAUUGUGUGGACCUUGGGGACGAAUGUCUUCUAAAAGUGCAUGCUGGGAACAUGGCUUUCGUACCUGCCUUCCCCUCUGUUUCCUUGUACUUUUUCCAUGAAAAGAAGAUACUCUUCUUGCAAAAUCUUCCCUGAGUUUAAAGCCUGACACCAGAAUACCAGUCUUUCCCAGAAUGCAUUUGUUAUACCCCAGAAAUCGGCCUUGUGUUGAUUGGUUAGAAUGAUGGCACUACAGACAGGUCAGUGUUUGGGUUUAUCCGUAGACUUUCUCAAGCUUGCUUAGUCCAUCUUUGCUUUGCAUUUUUCUUGAGCAGGAAGGAAGAAGGUGAUUUAACUCAAGUAUUUUGAUGAUCAAAACUGUCAUUCUAUGUGAAGAAAGUGUGUGUAUGUGUUUACUUUCACUUUGGUUCUUACAAUCCAAAUAAUUAUAUAUUUAGCUAUUAUUGCCUUUAUUUAUUUUUUUCUGAAGUACUUGACUUUAAUGAUUGUUCUUAAGAAAAAAGAGACUUAAUUCAAUUAGUGGUGAAUACUUGAAUUUAACUGAACCUAAACCAAAAGUUCUAAUCCGUCUAGAGUCUCAGAUUGAAGGGGAAUGUUCAACUUGUUUUCAUUAUUCAUCCUAUGACGGUGAAAGGAGAGUGGUGCAAUGUAGUCAGAAUGGUUUCUGUGAUGCAGUUUUGUCUAAUUGUCUGGUACAGACAGAAUCUGGCAAGGUCUAGUAUGUUUAAAGAUGGGAAUUAAAAAUUCAGCUAAUCAAAUGUUAAAAUCAGGUCUAUUUACUUUUGAAAGAUAAAGUAAUGUAAAAGAUAGGACUUCUUUAAAGCAGCUAAUGUUACAUUGGUAAUGGCUUGUUUAUUCUACAUCAGAGGCCUCAAGAGUAUUGGUUGUCUAAAGGGUGAAGGUAUAGGAACGCAAAUGAUUUUACAUUGUUCUCGGCUCUUUUACAAGAAAAGUGAGCUUUUUUGUAAGGAAAGAAGACAUUUAUAUUAUAAAACUGUUUUAGAAAUUCACCAAAAAGGAAUAAAUCUUGAGAUAAGUGUUUUUAACACUUUGAAUAUUGCUGCAGUUCUGAACACAGAUUUCAAACUCACCAUCAAAACGAUGACAGCAUACAGUUAAGAAUCUCCAUGUAAGCAAUAAUUAUUUCCUGCUUAAAAGGUCAUCGCUGUUACUUUUAAUUGAUUGAUGUAGCCAGUCAUCAAAUAAGUAUAUUCGGAAUAUCAAAUGUUAACUAAAAUUUGCCGUUCCCUUUGUCAGCAGCCCUUAUUAGCUGCAGCACCCAAAAGUCAGUUCUCCACGUUCUCUCGUGGAAGAAGUGCAGUGGAAAUGCCCGUGAACUGCCGCUGCAACGCAAGCCAGUCUCUGGAUGGGGCUGUGUUUUUGCUGUGAUUAUAUUUAUCAACCGAAAAUCCAAAUAAAGACAAAACAUAAUAUUUACUAAAACAAUGAAAUUUUCACUUAUUGAAUGACAAAUUUUUGCUAGAUAUUUUAGAUAUUAAGUAUUUUGGCUACGUGGAUUGAUUUAAACGAGUCCAUUAGGCAUUCUGAUAUUUAACAACUCUUAAAAAAAUCUUUAUAGAAAAUAAAAGCAAAUUGGUAUACAUUUUUAAGCAAUUCUAUUUUUCUAGAAAAGAUUAGUGACAAUCUGAAUGUGUAGUACUCUAGAAAAUAAAAGUUCUCAUGAAACUUAAAAAAAAGAGCAAAAAUAGCAGAUAGCAUGCAAGAUCGCGGAUCCUGCAUUCAAUAUUUUGUGUGUGAGACUAAAAUUUUUAAGCUUGGGUUUAUAGAAUUUGCACUCUUGUGUCUAAAAUCACUUAGAGGACUGUUUGCAUUUACUUAAAAUUAAAAAUGAGUUAUGUAUGCAUGUAAGGAAAUUAACUCAAAUUACUCUAUGGUAGGUUGACUGUUUAAAUUUUAACUGCUUUUUGUUAUCUCAUGGGCCAGUUAUGUAUCAAGAGGAAUAAUGAUAGACCGUUACCAUCUCUGAGAGCUAGUUUGCUGUAUUAUGGAUAAACUGGGUCCAUAGGGGGUCUGGUUGGAAAAUCACUUAGUCUAUAGGUAUUUUGGAUGAAGUUCUUUCAUUAAUUUUAAUAAUUUGUUUAACUCAGCUUUUGUUCAAGUGUCAGAUUUUUUUAAUUGCUUCCUCUGAGACCUUGGGCAUUUGGAGACAAGCUCUUCUUAAGGAUUCAUUGACUGCUGGUGACAUUUCUUAGGCAUCUGGAAAUGUCAUUUUUCAUGGAGGCACAGGGAAAAGUACCAUCAAAAUGCGUGUUUCUUUCCUUUCAGUUUUAAGAAAAAUCAACAUGUCCCACAAGCCUCUAUUAACAUACCUGGAUAAGUUUGUUCCUACAUUGCUGCAAGUAUGUAAAGAGGCAUCUCAAGGAUUGGUUUGUUUGCAUUGCCUGACUUUAAGUACUUCAGUGGCUUGGGCAGCUGAAAAGCCCACAUAGUUAUGGAUGGGCAUCAGUAAUGUUUCAUAGAAGCUUAUGCAUUUUUGUGUUUGCGAUUUCCUCAAAAGCAAACAUUUUACUUUUGUCAGAAAAAUGGCCCCAUGCUUUCCAGCAGGUGUGAGCCACCACACCGGUGAGAAUCUUCCUGAAUGCGCGCACACACACUUCCUGGCCUUAACUACAGCUCACUGACACUAAAGCUACUGAAAGCCAGCUGUGAUGCAAAAACUCUCAAUGUAUGCAGAAAUGAGGAAAGCCCACAGGACCUGGUGUGGGAGGAGACAGCAAGACUGCUCUUCCUCUCAAAGACGGUAUUUCCUUCCUCUACUGAGAGUUUUCUGUCCAAACUCACCUGGUUGCCAAUCUCCUCUCUAGACUUCACUAGACUUCAGUAUCCCUCCUCCAUGUGCUGGGAUCUCUAUAUGUCAACUUCUGAGACAUGCCCGGUCAUCUGUGUGCUUCUCAAUCUCCGUGGCAAGUUUCAAAGUUUACAAAUAGGUUCUGUCAUGAAAACAAGCAUUGUAGGACGUUUAAAUAAAGAUCUGACAAACCACAAUUUAUUAAUAGGCUGCAGGAAGCCAGUAAGCAUGUAAUACCUGUUUACAACAUAGAACAAAGGUAAUUAUGGUUUUGUUAGGAAACAUCUGUAAGCUCUCUCUUAAACUGGUUUAGCAAUAGAGUUUUAUAAAGCGUUUCAGCUGGGGAUUUAUUGUAGGCGUGUUAAUGACCUAUUAAAUGUUCUUUAUAGACUCCAUGGCAGUAUUGAGGGUGUAAAAUGGAGCUGUUUUGAUGAGGGCAGGGUCUGGCUUGUGGCAAAUUGUUUUAGUCUUACUCUUCAAUAGAAAAGACUUCUGUGGUCCUGUUUACUUAAAAGCAAGCUACCAGCAGCUGAGUUAGUGUGUCUUGGAGUUCAACCCCAGGGACUCAAGUCCCUGGGACCUGUGUGGUCCAAACUUCAGCUUCUACCUACUUGAUGGCAUGUCAUACUUGGUGUGUCUUCUGUUGUAGUGGGCAGCUUCGCGAGAUGAGCUGUGUGCAUCGGAAAACGUUUACAUUUACCCACUUUGCACAGCAGCCUUGGUGACAGACCCUACACAUAAGACCGAGCGCAAUGAAAAUGAUUUCUAAAUCUCAGAUGUCUUAGCUCUAUACCUCUGCUGGAAACUUGUUAGACACCAUCUCAAAUUUUUCUCUUUGCAUUUUUCUGUAAUUCUGUAAUUAAUGUGUGUUACAAUCAUUUGCUCUUUUGGCUAACCGAACUUAAAGACAUAGCUGAAACAUAGCUGUAAAUAAGGCGUGUUCUGUAUUUUUGUUUCCUGUUUGAUUGGUUUCUCUAGGAUUGUCUCCUUUUUACUUAAGGAAUUUUUGUGUAGAUGAUAUUCCUAAAAGUAGGAUAAAUUAUGAAAUUUUUCAAUUAUUGAAUUUGUAAUAACAUUUCAACAUAGAUAUUAUUUGCAAAGGCCACUUUAAAACUGGGGUGCCUGCACUAACUAUAGCGAUAUGUACAAUUUUUCUCCAAUACUAUAAUAGAUAAUCUUGUCAUAAAGUUUUGGAAGCCUCUCAAAAUAUGCUUAAUAACUUAUUUCCAUAAGAUUGAAGAGUUAUUUAUAAAACAUAAGACCAGUUAAUUUAUAAAUCAGUAUUACUAAGACGCAUCAGUAAGUGAAAUACAGUUGGCGUUCUUUGAUUUUGGUUUCUGGUUGUGCUUUGUUUGAAGGGAUAGAAAGUAUCUUUUCAGAACUUUCAUUAAAACUUUUGAAAUGUUUGUAUUCUUUGUAUGUGUGCCACUUUACAGUUUAUGCAAGUUCUAAGCAAUAACCUGCAUGUUCUACCUGGUCGGCAUCCGUCUUCACGACAGUUUCCUUUACUAUUCCGAAUGAUACCAGUCAACACCCUCUCCCAGCGAACACCUUGGGAUUUUCUCAUGUUAAAACACUACUAUAACGUGGUGCAAACCUUUGUAUUUUGUGAAAGAGAAAUAAA